AUGAACGCGGUCCCCAUCCGUCAAGACGCAGCCGAUGAAGAGAAGGAAGAAGCCACGAAGAGAGCUGAAGAGCAGUGGGAGAAGAUGGGCCGCACGGCCUCCUGGGGAUGUACCUGGUACAAGCGCUGGUUCGACCUGGUGUGCACGGCGGUUGAGAAGAAGCAGCGGCUGAAGGCAGUCUUCUUUCCCCGCCAGAAAGCCGAGCUGGCAACGGCGAACCUCAUGCAGAAGCAGCAUUCCGGAUGGCGCUAUGAGGAGGUGGAUGUCACGGCAUUUCUCAAAGAUGAGUUUCCACCGGGUGCCCAAGUAGAUGCCUUGCAUGAGACCGAAGCUGAUGUCAGAUGGCGCAAGGGCAUCGUGGUGAAGCAGAUGGAAAAAGUGACAAAAACCGAGUCUGGUGAGGAGUCCACUGAGUUCUCCUGGCAGAUCAAGUCUGACGACGACUCUGGGGACAUGUUUGAGGCCAGCCAAGUCCGACACCUCAACGUGGCGGUUGAGCAGCUGCUGCACCGUUGGGGCAUCGGGGACGUCCUGGAGCCCGCCUUGCGCCAAUGCCUGGCGGAUAUAGGACUGCGACAUCCCACCGCCUGCCGUCUCCGCAGCGGCACCCCGGCGCUGAGCAUCGUCAUUCAGAUUCCCAAUGUCGAGGCGCUCCUCGCGCUGAGAGAUCGCGUCUUGAGCGGCGAGUUCGAUCAGAGCGUCAACGAAGGCCUCGCUAGCGGGGCUCCAGAGUUCAAGGUGAAGUUCGACAAGAGCCGGCUCUUCGAGCUCUACGAGGAUAGCCUCCUGGGAUUGUCGGAGUUGACCGAGCAUCAGCAGGUGAAGCUGAAAGAGAUGGAGGGCCUUGACGACGUUCAUCUUUCUGCCCCGGCGGGUGCAGGAAAGACCUUCGUCGCGGUGCAGCACGUGCUCGAGCAUCUCAACACACAUCCCUCAGCCCGUCUGCUCUACGUCGCUCCCUCCGAAAGCCUCGGUCUCCACUUCAUUCGCUGGCUCUCUGUGCGACUUGCCUCGCGAAAGAAUCACAGCGAGCCGGCGCUAGUGCAAAGCAGGAUCCAGCAGGUGCUCUCCAGAAUCAUUUUGCUGCACAGCCCCUUCAAACACUUCCAGCUGCCGUCUCUGGACGGUGAUCACAUACUCCGACGUGUGGCCGAACCCGGCGCAGAGCCGUGUGACAUGGUUGUCUACGAUGAAAGCCACCACAUCUUCUCUCUUCCGCCUGAAGAAAUGAGCUCGACGCUACUCCCAAGCCUAUCGGCAAAGCGCCGACUGCUUCUGUCAGAUGAGUCGCAAUCUGCUUCGGUAAGCCAGACCUAUCCCGACAUGGCCAGGGUGAAUCUUUCCGAGGUGGUCCGCAGCACUAAGCGCAUUGUCGCAGGCGCAGCCACGUUUCAGCUGAACGCGAAGGGAGAGGACCCUGCGAGUUCUUUGGGCUCCGACGGACCGCCCCUGAAGACCUUCCUGUUCGACCCAGUGGGGGAGGACUUGCCGAAGGCGUAUGCAGAGCAUAUCAUCAAAGCACUCUGGCAUGUGGCAAAGACGCUUGGCUUCCCCUCUCUUGAUUCCCAGAGAGCCCAAUACCCCUUAAUUAAAGGAAUAUAA